AUGGAGUCUGGCCCUUCUCCUCUGCUGUACCUCUUCUGCCUCCUGCUGCCCUCCUACCAGGGCCAGGCCAGGGCUGCGCCUCCUUGGCACCGAAGGUUUGAGUACAAGUUUAGUUUCAAAGGACCCAGGCUGGCAGUCGUCGGGCAAGAGAUACCCUUCUGGAACCACCACGGAGAUGCCAUUCCUGGACUAGAGGAGGUGAGGCUGGCCCCAUCCAUGAGGAACAAGAGUGGAGCCAUGUGGACCCAAGCUGCCAUCCCCUUUCCCAACUGGGAGGUGGAAGUGGCUUUCCAUGUAUCUGGGCUGGGCCGCCUGGGAGCUGAAGGGAUGGCAGUGUGGUAUAUCCGGGACAGAGGCCAGACUGGUCCAGCCCUAGGUGGCCCCGCUUUCUGGGAUGGCAUCGGGAUCCUCUUUGACUCUUAUGACAAUGAUGACCAGAAGAACAACCCUGUCAUCCAGGUUUUGGCAAAUGAUGGACAAAUUCCAUAUGACCACCUCAGAGAUGGAGGGGGACAGGUACUGGGCUCAUGUCUUCGGGAUUUCCGGAACCGGCUAUACCCAUUCCGAGCUAGAAUCACCUACUGGGAGCAGAAGCUUCGGGUAUCUGUGAACAAUGGCCUCACCAACCAGGGAGCAAUAGAUGAAGUUUGCACUGAAGUGGGGCCCCUUCUUCUGCCCCCUGGAGGCUUCUUUGGGGUCUCAGCAGCCACUGGCACCCUAGCAGAUGACCAUGAUGUCCUGUCUUUCUUGACCUUCAGCCUGAGCAAGCCAGCUCCAGAGUUCUCUCCCCAGGCUCUUCCCUAUGUCAUUCCUGAAUCUGAGCAACAUAGGCUCAAGCAUCAGCUGCAGGAUUUACAGAAGAAGCUGAAACACCAGAAGGAAACUUCUCCAAAGCCAGACUUGAACACCCCCUCCUGGGGGGAAGGGUACCUUGACCUGGAGUUGACCCUUAAGAGACACAGCCGGGUCCUGGAGCAGCUACAGGACCUCUCAGGGAAGAUGACUCUGACUGUGGGACAAUGGAGGAGUCAAAUGCAGUCCUUGGAGCCCCUGGACAAGGAGAAGCAGGAGGCUCAUGGUGCCCAUUCAAGAGGCUGGAAUUCUGCUGCUACAAGGGUCCUGCUCCAUGGGCAACAGACUUUGCUUCAGAACAUGCAGGAGAUGAGGGCUGCUGCUGCCCACAUCACCUCCAAGGCUAAAGCUUUCCACCUGCCUGUGGGCACAGAACAUCACUUCCAGGAGCUGCAUCAGACUUUGGCCCUGCUGCAAAGAGACGUAGAAAGUGUGCUCCCCCUGCCGAAACAUGCAGCCAAGGCUUCCUGUUCCCAUGCUGUGAGGGUCCUGUGCCUAUCCCGUGGCAUCUUUCUGCUCUUUCUCCUGAUCCAAACUGGCUGUGUCUUUUACUGUCUGCUUUUCAGGUGGGAGACUGACAGGAGCCUCAGGGAAUGCUUUUCCAAGAAUUUCCUCGUCCUGGCCCUUGGCUCAAAACAGCUGUUCAGGAGGGUCAGCAGAGUGCCGAGACAAGACUCUCUGACCCCAAGGACAUGCCCCUAAACUUCCCACCUCAGCCAAACAGGCAAAAAAGUCCCUAAUUUGGCUAGGUAUGCUCUAGCCUUCCCUUCCAAUAUGU